CCUCGAGCCGCUUGGGAAAGCGUUUACAAGAGUAUAAAUGGCUGUACUGAUGCUGCGAAAAGUUAGAAGAGUUAGGAGAAUUGAACUUGGGGAAAAUCUACAACAAUGGAGUUCAGUUCAUUGAUUUUUCUGAUCCUUUCAUGCUCUCUUUGUUACGUUUUUGCAUUGUCACCGAAACAAGAGGUGUGUCUACUUCAAGUAGAUGAGGGACCUUGCAGAGGAAAUAUCCAACGUUACUACUACAAUACUAUCACUCAACAAUGCGAAGAGUUUGUCUAUGGAGGCUGCCAAGGGAAUGCAAACAACUUCAUGAGUUUUCUGGCGUGUCAGAAAGCAUGUUUUAGAAUACCAAAGAUCCCCCAGAUCUGCAGGUUCCAGAAAGAGGUGGGUCCCUGCCGGGCCAAUUUCUUGAGCUACUUCUUCAACAUGACCACCAUGCAGUGUGAGCAGUUUGUCUACGGAGGCUGCCAGGGCAACGAGAACCGAUUCCAGGACCAGUUGUCUUGCAUGGAGUACUGCAGACCACACAAAACUACUCCUGUGCUCUGCCUGGAUCCCCUGGAUAAAGGAGGGUGUGCUGCAUCUAUACCGCGCUACUACUACAACUCAGCCUCCAGGAUGUGUGAGCAGUUCAUCUAUUCAGGUUGUGGAGGAAGCAGCAACAACUUUAUAUCCAGACAAAGCUGCAUGGACGUCUGUGCUAAAGCUGGGAAACCAUGGAUAAGCAGAAAAACAGGCAGAAGAGCAGGCAUGAUGAGAACAACUACCAAAAACCGUAUUAGAAUAAAGCCUAAUAACAAUAUUAAAUGGUCAACAAUAUGAUUCAGUGAUUUUAUUCAAAGGGGCACAUGAAUUGACCAUAAAUGGACUAACAUUGACAUGUUGAAUUGUAUUUUUUUUACUGCACCAUAAUUGACUUGCUACUUGCACUGCGUUGUCUGUAAUGGUUCAUUGUGAUGCACAGUUGAAAAUAGCAAACCAAUCAAUCAAAUGUGAAUCAACCUACACCAGCAGUAUUUUUGCUGAGUAGGUUUCUCAAGACAGUUUGUAUUGUAGUAUACAUUUACCAUGGCAACUAUCAUACAAUAUAAAAAAUAUAUUUUUGUAGAAUUUUUUUAAUGUAUUUUGGAUUUUUUUUUAAACACUUUAACAGUUUACUGUUUUCCACCAUUUAUGAUGAAGUUAUACUGAGGCACUGUUUAAAUUGUUAAGCAAUAUUAGCAAAAUAAUUGUAUUUUUUUGUGUUUUCAACAUAGUACUUUUUAACAAAAACCUGCGCACCAUGACAUAAUGGAUAUAAUAAAAUAACUCAGAACUCAGAAAAUAACUCAUUUUUGUCUGUACACUACUCAGUUGUUUUUCUUCCAUUUGUCCUGAAAUUCCACUUCGCCUCUAAAUAUAAUCCUGUUACUAAGCAGGAAUAAGAACUGAA